AUAGAAGAACAUAAGUAGCAUAUAUUAUACUUAUACAACAUAUUCUGUAAGAACUAAGACUGAAAAUAAUUCUGAGCACAUGGGGCAUAUUAAUCUCAUUGGGAUGGGAUUGUGCCCCAUCUGUGGUGCAGAAUGCUGUUACAGUGAUCAGAAACACUUAAACUGAGAAGGAAGGCUGCAGAAAAGUUACACUUUCUUUUUCUGACAUUCAUGAGAAUUAGUCCUCGAGAAUGGCAUUUUGCCUGGCUGCAGGGGAGGCUUGAAAGGACUCUGCAAGCUGCCAGUGGCACUGAAAUUCCCAGUUCUGACUGGAGAGCUUGCUGCCAGGCCACGUGUUAAAUGCAGCUGAGUCAAGAGCCUUGUCCUUCAGCAAUUCAGGGAACAGAGCACAUUCCUGUCUGUCUCCUCUCCAUCUCCUGCCUGCUUGGUCUGCUCUGUCAGAUAGGCUGACAACAGGACAGUCUAAUGCUCAGAAGUUCUGGGAUUUUAGAAUUUAUCCUCAGGACUGUGGUGGGGAAAGUCUUCACAUUUACCCGAAGAAAAGAAUAAUUAAGAAUCUGAAAUAUUCAACGUGGGGUAGGGGGAUUGGUGGGGGUGUGUGUUAUAAAAUAGGAAAUUUAAAAACAAUUUUGUACUGUCUGCUCAAACAAACUUUCUAAACUUUCCACUGUUAAUUGGAAAAUGCUUGGGAAUGAUAAAUGGAUAAGGAUUCAAAUACUUAGAUAUCAAACAAUUACAUUUGUUUGUUGAAAAAAACACCAAAAAAAAAAAAGUCUGUAUGUGUCUGUGUCUGUCUGUGUCUUGUCUGUGUGAGUGUGGGUCCUUUGUCCAUGCUAGAAAUGUUUGUGGACUUCUUUGGGUAGAUAUAUGGGAGGCAUUAAUCUUUAAUGUUUCAAUGUUUAUUUACAGAUUUUUACACCAUUUUUCCUCCAGGAAGCUUUUUUAGUGGGCUCAAGCUGCAAUGUCAGUCCCUACCUACACAGGCCAGAAACAAAGGGCUCCAGCAGGGCUCUGAUCAUGUAUGGCUGUGGUUCUAAAUCAGUUAUUAGUUAUUACAUAAAGGUGACAAUUUUGCUUCUGGUUUUAUUUGGUUAGAGAAAAACUCAUGAACAGUGUCAUCACUGGUAGAGCACUCACACUAUGCCACGAAAAUGAACAAUCAAUGACAGACAGUGCCUAAAAGGGGUUCACAAGUCAAACUUGAAUAUAGUUCAAUGAAACAAUUGUCCGGUGAACAAAAAACUGUAGGAUUUCUUGAUGAAUGGAUAUAGUAACUGUAUUUGGAGUGGAGGGGGUGAAAUAUUUGGUUUAGGAAAAGAUUGAAAAAGAGAAUUUUAAUGAAAUUUCUACUGAAAGAAAAAUAUAGAAGAAAAAUAUGUAUCUGUAUAAUAUUAAAAUUGACUACACUGGAAGAUUUAGACGUAAACUAAGUAGGAGGGUUUUCAGGGCUGUGAUAGGAAUUAUCAAUGCAGUGCAAGUCCCACUCUGUUCUUGCACAGGACAGGAGGGUGAAAAGGGGAAGGAACUCAUGGCUACCCUGCAGUGAAAAACUGCCCAUAAAGCACCAAGAGCCUUUUAUCAAUGUACUACAGAGGCUUUGCUGCAGCAGCCAAGUGUUCCUGUGGCACACAAAACCCAAAGAUGAACAGGAACGUUUCUGAAAGACACACAUAAGGUAGUAAAAAGAAAAAAGGUGAGAUAGUAGAAAAAUCUGGGUGACCUGCAUAGCUGCAAGAGUUCUGGGAAGGAAGAUAUGACAUGAAUCCUGUCAUUUCAGAACUCUCAGCAGAAUGUGAAUUCUAAGGCAAUAAUUGUCAUUUUCUGACUCGGUAGUCCAGAAACCAUACUUUUAUAUAAACGACCAGAAGCCUGUCGAUUUGUAGAAUCCAAUGACCUUGACAUUUACCCUUUUCUGUUUCACAACCUUCUCCUCCAAACUCCUCAGCCUGUGCCUGGUGCUGCAAUCCCGGAGAACCCAGUGAGUGAGUCUCUCCUCUUGCCUGGCCUAGGCUGUCUUGGGAACGCAGUGCUGAGCCCCGAGAGGAGCAGGCUGGAGAAGAACAGUGGGCCUGGUGCUUGAAAAGGAAUGGAAGAGCAACUCCAGGGGAAGGGAGUCGGAAGUGGCAGCGUCCCUGCUCCCUGCAGCGGCCGGGGAUGCUGUGCUCCCCCGGGGGUACAUUCCCCAGCGCCGUUUGAGGCUGCUCAGCUCCAUAAAUGCCAUUUGCAUGGGGAUAGGAUGUAACAAGAGCUGUAAAUCACUGACGGCGGAGUGAACUCCUCAGGGGCAGACACGGCGGAGCCGAGCCUCCGCGAGCUGGGGCAAUGUGUGAACGAUAUCUUUUGUUGGGGGGGAGGUCUGAUAGCAAUUAGAUGAUACUUAUCUGGCCCUUUGAUGUGUAUUUACACAAACAACGUUUUCCUCCGGGAGUUGCGCUAUAAAGGAGAGGCCUGUACUCCGCGCCUCCUUCCCGGCAUCUCCGAAGCGAGGCACGAUGACUAAGGCCCCUUUCUCCGUGGAAUGGUUGUCCCAGAGCAGCCAAACUCUCAAGACCCCCACCGAGGGCCCCCCACACCGAGCAUCGUCCGCGGGCCACGGGCCCGGCUGCGGCUCCAGCCUCGGUCAGGGCGAGCGGAGCCCGGAGCAGCCGGCGGGCCCUCGGGACGGGGACGGGACGGGCGGCCGGAGCCGGGACAGCGGGGCGGCCACUCCCGCCGCAGGUACCGCGGGACCGCAGGGGCUCCCGGGCGGGCGGCGGGGCUGGGACACCCCCGGGCCUGCCCGGGAGCACCGGUGCGCGGGGGCUGCUCGGGGCGGAGGGGCGGCGGUUCCCCGCGCGGCGCCCAGGCCGGGCUGACCCUUUGCUCCUCUUUGUCCCUGUGCCCAGGAGCAGGCGGGACAGCAGCAGGCGGGAGGCCGUCGGGAGCGGUGCCGGAGGACGGUCCCGAGUGCGCGGGCCCCGAGGAGCCGUGCGGGCGCGGCGGGCGGCGGCUGCGCACGGCGUUCAGCGCGGAGCAGAUCAGCACCCUGGAGAGCUCCUUCCAGCGGCAGCAGUACCUGGGCGCGGCCGAGCGGCGGCAGCUGGCGGGCAGGAUGCGCCUCUCCGAGGUGCAGAUCAAGACGUGGUUUCAGAACCGCCGGAUGAAGCUCAAGCGGCAGCUGCAGGAGCUGAGGACGGAGCCCUUCUGCAGCCCCGCUCUCCCUUACGGACCUCAGGGCGCCGUGCUGCCCCUGCCGCUCACGUACGUGGCCCGGCCACCGCCUCUGCCCAGGCAAGGGGCCGCACCUGAGGGCUUCCCUUUGGCGGCCCUGCCCGCACCCGCCCUGGACCUCAGCAGCGCCUGCAGAGCGCAGCCGGUCGGCUUGUGGGCAGCGCCCUGCUUCGUGGGGUACCGGGACCCCAGGGCCUUCCUGCUCGGUGUCUGACCCUCUGACACCAACCAGGACUAAAGAGGAUUUGCACUACUCCCGGGUCUCUGGGCUGCCCUCGUCCAUAACUGCUUGGUGGAGUUAUGAUGCAGCACCGACCUAAAUAUUUACAAAGAGAUGCUGGACAAUCUGAAUCAUGGACUUCUGGCCCUUGCAUUUAUAGGCAACUGUAAAAUGUAAAAUAUAAACGGGGUGGGACAAACAAUAAUAUAAAUGGAAUCUUUUAAUAAACCUAAAUUUUUUUCCA